CAGGAGUCCAGUAACCCAGUGUAUGGCAUUGGAAGUAUUACUGAUGGCGAAGGGCCACAGCAACAAAUUUCCGGCUCGCCUUCCCUCCGGAAAAACGUGAAACCUUCGAUCGUAAACAGCUCAAGUACCCAAAGCAUUGAGGAUUUGGGUGUCGAUAUGGCAUGGAACUGGGUGGGAUGCUUUGACGAGCUAAGCCGGAGUAUGCGAGGACGGGUGGUUUUCUACAAUUUUACCGAGGCGCCUAUAACCUUUCCACCGUCGUACCGGUGGAACCGUUCGAUUCACGGCUUUGACCUUGCUGGCGAUUACACAGACGUCGAGCAGCUAAUGCACGCGUACAGCACAUUCGUGGCGGACCAUCCCAAGCUCAUCAGCCGGCUUACCAAAUCUUUCGUAUCCCACAACGAAAGAGGAAACGGCACAGUGUCACCACUUAGCACCUUACCCCGUUCCCUCUCCUCCUCGACGAAGAGGAAGGGUGUUUCCCUACGGACACCUUCUUACACCGACCGGAUCCUGACUCACUCUAUGCCUGGUAAGGGCGCUAAUCUUCGGUGGCGCCACUAUGAUAUGAUGGAUGCCGUGCCGUUGUCCGACCAUCGACCUGUUUGUGCGCAUUUUACGCUCUUCGUGGACGCGAAUUGUCGAGGUUUCCAAACGUUCUCGACACCACCGCACUCGGUUGUUCCACCGGAAGGCAAAUUUUCUCAGGUCGAUGAGCCUCUGGCCAUGCAAACUGCAAACAAAGAAGAGCUAGCGCUCUUUACAGUCGUGCUGUCGCAUCCUCACGUCACGCUGAAAGGUGGGUCGAACAUUCUUUCAAAUCUGAGUGCUGCCACGAUACCGCAUGAGGCGACGAUCCUAUUUCCACUCGUUUCAGAAGACCCCUUGGCUGCAGAGCGUCUAGCGUCAUCCCUGGGAGAGGUAAUACCUGGUGGAACAUCGCACGGGCAAUCAUCAUUUAGCUCUUUAAGCCACCAUGAAUGGUCGUCAUUUCCAGUCCGGCUCAAGACCCUCGCCUCCCCGAGGUUCAGCGAGCAUUUGCUUCUCAAAGUGUCGAAUGAUCGCGGCAAAGAAAUCGGUCAGACCAUCAUUCCCUUGGCUCUAGGCAUCUCUUCGAAGGAAGUUCCGCAAGAAACACAUCUUUACCCUUCUUCGUAUGCCAAUUCUUCUUUAUGUAGUUUCCGAGUUGAUGAAAUUGUGCAGGGACUUCAUGGAAACGAGGAUAACCGACGAUUUUCAUUACCUCUUACCAAGGGCGGAUCUUUGAGAGGCUGGAUCACUUUGACGCUCAGAACUAAGAUCAAACCAAUAGGGCAACAGCACCGCUCACAGCCAUAAUUAUCUCCACGACAGCUUGGAAGGUCGUUGCUACCAUGCGCAGGGGCUUGUGAAUUCAUGUAUUGUAAACCUAGAGGAAGGGUUGAAUUAGUCCGUACAGAGUAGACGCGUGUGAGAACUGCCUGCGA